AUGGAUAAAUUUGCAGCAAAAAGUCGUGUUCCUUCUGAUAAUGAAAUGAAGGCUUUGUCAUCUUCGGAUAAAACCGAAAAAAAUAUACCCCGUGGAGAUACUGCGCCAGUGAAAAUGGUCAAACCCAACAAAACUCGGGUUGAAAAACCCUUGACUCCUCCGGAAGAGAAACGUUCCGUAAGUUUUGACCUUUCCACAUUAACUUUGGCCAUUCCCAAUGAUGUGAAUACAAUCGCCACUUCCCCCUCCGAAUCCAUUGAUAUUCCUGCACGUGAGCUUUCUCAGGACAUCAUGGUCGCAUUGGUGGAACGUGAUACCGAAAUGAGGGAACUAUUUAUUUGUAACCAAGAUUUCUUUGAUAUGGUUAAGCAAAGUACUUUUGAGGAUGAUGAUGCAUGGAACGAAUUCCUUGAACUUUUAUAUUCAAAACGUGAAGACAAACCCGAUUCGGAAUGGAUGAAUUCGAUCUCUGAAUCUCUUUCUGCAAAUCCACCCUUACUUGUCACCUUUAAACAAAUUAUUGGGUUUUAUGACGAUGAUGAUACUCAACAAGAAUUUGAAGAUUCUUAUUCCCCCGAAAUUUCUGGCACGUCAAAUGAUGAAGGUUUUAUUGAUAUCACUCCGAUACGUGGUUUUCCAAAGAUAAUGGAGAACCUUGAAAAAUCCUACCCACAAUUCUUCAUAAAUGCAAAAAAUAUCCUUGGCAAAGAGCGACAACGAAGGGGUAGUGUGUUGGGUGGAAAUCAUUUAUUAGAUAAUGAUAACCCACUUUUACAUCCAAACAUUGAAAAUCAUUCUCCUGAAGCAUCUUCGGAAACGCUUUACGAAGAAUUUAAACGCAUCUUACUUACUCCUAGAAGUGAAAUGGAUGAUAAUGAAUGGGAAACCGCCAUUUAUGAAUGUUUAGACCCUUGGCCACAACUUAUCUGUCAAUUAGAAGAUAUUAUUCUCUAUGAAAUCUCUGAGGAAUAA